GCGCAAGCCGGUGUUAAUAAUUUACUGCAGAACUAAAUUAAAAAUUGCUAUUAUUCAUCUUGAUUACUCUGCUUAAGCAGCAUGAAAUUGUACGCACUGAGUGGUGAUCCGGCAAAGCCAUGUUACGUACUCAGCAUAUCCGAUCUGCUUAUAAUGCUGGAUUGUGGCCUGUCGGUAAAUUCCGUGCUGAAUUUCCUUCCGCUUCCACUGGUCCAGAGUGCCAAGUUUCAAUCGUUGCCGAACUGGAACUGUCGAGAUCCGGAAAUUCAAUUGGAUGAUGGAGAAAUAAAGGAGUGCUGCGGAUGCUCGUUUGUGAACUCAGCACCAGAGUUCAUACCGCCCUUGGAUAAGGUGAUAAACUUUUCCGAAAUUGAUGUCAUCUUGAUAUCGAACUAUACCAACAUGAUGGCACUUCCGUUCAUCACAGAAGGAACGGGUUUCGCUGGAACCGUUUAUGCCACGGAACCGACGCUUCAGAUCGGACGAUUUUUCCUUGAGGAACUGGUGGAAUACAUUGAGGCAUCACCAAAGGAAAACACGGCUCGGGUGUGGAAAGACAUUCAGCAUUUGCUUCCCCAGCCUUUGAAUGAUGUUUUCAAACCGAAGAAUUGGAGACAUUUGUUCAGCAUGGACGCGGUGAAUAAAAGCCUAGCUCGAGUGCAAAUGACAGGAUACGAUCAAAAAUUGGACAUAUUCGGCGCUCUUCAAGUGACUCCGGUGAGUUCCGGCUUUUGCUUGGGAUCGAGCAAUUGGAUCAUUAAUUCAGGCCAAGAGAAAAUAUCUUAUAUUAGUGGAUCUUCCACGCUGACGACGCACCCAAGACCGAUUAAUCAGUCGGCGCUGAAGUACUCGGAUGUGGUUAUAAUGACUGGAUUGACUCAAGCUCCUCACGUCAAUCCGGAUGGAAUGCUCGGAGAGCUCUGUAUGAAUGUUGUCAUGACUCUUAGGAACGGUGGAUCUGUUCUCAUUCCGUGCUAUCCCUCAGGGGUAGUGUACGAUUUGUUCGAAUGCCUCUCAUCAAGUUUGGACAAUCAAGGCUUUUCUCAGAUUCCAAUGUUCUUCAUCUCUCCGGUAGCAGAUAGCUCCUUGGCUUACUCAAAUAUCCUGGCGGAAUGGCUAUCUACCUCGAAGCAAAACAAAGUAUACAUUCCGGAUGAACCAUUCCCGCACGGCAGUCUGGUUAAAAAUGCAAAGUUGAAACACUUCAAGCAUAUCUACUCGGAGGGAUUCAGCACAGAAUUUCGUCAACCUUGUGUGGUUUUCUGUGGUCACCCAAGUCUCCGCUUCGGAGAUGCCGUUCACUUUGUAGAACUGUGGGGCUCCAACCCACAGCACACAAUUAUCUUCACAGAACCAGACUUCCCGUAUCUUCAAGCCCUGGCACCUUACCAACCUCUGGCCAUAAAAACCGUGUACUGCCCCAUCGAAACUUCUCUGAAUUUCCAGCAAGCAAACAAACUCAUCAAAGAAUUAAAACCUGGCGUUCUGGUCAUUCCGGAUAAUUAUACCCAACCACCGCCGAUUGCUCCCCAUAAGCCGGACUUGGUUAUAGAUCAACCACCGGACAAAAAGAUCAUCAAAUUUAAACGAGGAGAAGUUAUUAAGCUUCCUCUGAAAAGAAAACGGUCACGUAUUUACUUGGAUCCCCAAAUAGCCCGGUCGUUGGUCCCGCAUGAAGUUCAACCGGGCGUUACUAUUUCUUCCGUGACCGGCGUGCUCCACGUUAAGGACAACAUCCAUGACCUACAUCCGUUGGAACCCACCCAAGAGGAGUUGGAAGAGCAGAAGACAUCCAAGGCUGUCAAGUUGCAGCCUCCUUCGCAGACCCGGUAUCGAAACGUGAAGUACGAAUGGGGGACGCUGGAUGUGAAUCUGUUUCUGAAAAAGCUGGCGCAGGACGGCAUGACCGACAUCAAGGUGGAACAAGGCGGAGUGGACGAAAUUACGCUGCAUUUGGCCAGUGAGGAUACGAUGAUCAAGGUGAGUGAGAAGAAUACCAAUAUCGUUUGUGGGGGGAAGCAAAGUUUGCGUUUGAAGCUGCGAGAUUUGCUGCUGCAGUGUGUGCAAAAUUUUUGAGACUUUAGCCGUAAGAUAAUAAACAGUGCUUCGAGUAGAAA